GCUUCUUGUCGCUCUUUCUCAAUGCCGGAAGACGCGUACACCACGACCACUACUUCUGCUUCUGCUUCUACCUCUAUUUCUACUUCUAUAGCGGAGAGAAGAGGACCAGGAAGAAGGAGAAGGCUGCACAGAAUAGAGCUUUGAGCAGUCAUGGAUCCAGACAUACAGCAUGCUCUCCAAGAACUCGCAGAGAAUUCUGGCGAAGAGCUGCAGGUCUACUACAUACAGUUUGAGGAGUUAUACGAGCGUAAGCUAUGGAAGCAGCUUGCCGACUUGGUACAAGAGUUCUAUAAUCACGACGAGUCCCACCACAUGCGUCUGAAGCUCUACCGGAACUUCGUUCUCCACUUCGCAAAGCACAUCAACCAGCUCAAGCUUGUCUCCUUUGGUAUUGCUGCAGCAGCAGAGCUAGAGGACCGCAAGGAGGCUCUUCAAUUCAUGGAAGAACUUGCCAGUCAAAUCAAGCGGCCUGAUCACAAUGACGCGUACGUCUAUGCGACCAUCGAGGCAGCUCGAUUGCAGCUCGCUCUCGGCGACAUCGAAGGUGCAAAGAAGGCGACGGAAGAGGCAGGCGGCGUGAUUGACUCAUUCGACUCGGUUGACCCGCUGAUCCACGCAGCCUACUACCGAGUGAGCGCAGAUUACCACAAGGCCAAGGCGGAGUACACCCCUUACUACCGACAGGCACUCCUCUACCUUGCCUGCGUCAAGAUGGACGACCUGCCAAAAGCAGAGGCACAAGAACGUGCAUUCGAUUUGAGCAUUGCAGCGCUCCUAGGCACAGACAUUUACAACUUUGGCGAACUUUUGCUGCAUCCAGUCCUCCAGACAUUAGCAGGCACAGAGCAUGCCUGGCUACGCGACUUUCUCGCUGCUUUGAAUGCUGGUGAUUUGAGCAGCUUUGAACAGUUGCUUCCAAAAGUCGCCAAGCUUCCCCUUCUACAACAGUCUUUGCCCUUCCUACGACAAAAGAUUUGCCUUAUGACAUUGAUCGAGGCAGUCUUCAAGCGGCCAACGCAUGACCGUGUACUGACGUUUGCCACAAUCGCUUCAGAAACGAGAUUGCCGGUAUAUGAGGUGGAACAUCUGCUCAUGAAGGCGCUCGCACUCAAGCUGAUUCAGGGAUCCAUUGAUCAAGUCGAUAGCACUGUUUCCAUCAGCUGGGUACAGCCUCGCGUCUUGGAUCUGCGGCAGAUUGGUGACAUGAAGGACAGGCUGCAGAGUUGGAGCACACAUGUGCAGAAGUUGGAAUCCUCAAUGCAGAACGAGACGCGCUCCUUCAUCGAGGCAGCCUGAUGAUGUUCCAUGUUUAUCUACGUAGCUCUGAGACUAGGAAGACUGACUCCGAAGACUCGAGACCGUCGUCGAGGUGCAAU